AUGCAAACCAUCUCAGUCGACGUCCUUGUGUGCGGUGGUGGCAUGUCCGGCAUGGCCUGCGCUGCCUUCGCCGCCGAGUCCGGGGCCAAAGUCCUGGUGGUUGAGAAGCAAGCCGUUGUUGGUGGAUCGUCAAAUUACUCUGCGGGGAUGUUCUGGGCCCCGAAGAAUUAUAAGAGUUUGCGAUCGUGGGUACCAGCUGGGGAUCCGGAGCUGCAAGCGGCGUGGAUGAAGGACUACUUGCCGGCGGUGCAAUGGAUGCGAGAGAACGGGAUACCGACAGCAAAACGGUUCGAUGGAAUCAUGACAAUCGGCAUAGGCUUUCCCAUCAAGAUCCCUCAACUCCACCAACAUCACCAACAACGCAUACAGAAUAACAACACAGGAUCCGAGAUCUUCACCAAUACCGCCGUCGUCAAACUCUUUCAAGAACAGCCCGGUGUGCCGGGUUCACGUGUCGUCGGUGCGAUCAUUCGCCGUGAUCCAGUAGAUGGCGCGGGCGCUGUCUAUUACGAAGUCAAGGCUCAGCACAUAGUCCUCGCCACGGGAGGGUUCCAGGGGAAUACAGAACUGACAUCGAUGCACCUCGGCCAGGGAGGGGACAACAUCUUUGUGCGCUCGAAUAGAGGAUCGGUAGGAGAUGGAUUGACGCUGGCCACCGCGGUGGGAGCAGGCACAAGUCGGGGGAUGAAUACGUAUUAUGGCCACUUGCUGGCGGCGCCUCUGCGGGCAGAAGAGGUCGAUCCCAAGGACUUUUUGCCGCUGGCACAAUAUCAAAGCAAAUAUUGCCUGCUCAUCAACGAGAGCGGACGGAGGUUUGCCGACGAGACAACCGGGGACGAAGUUGUGAAUCAAUACCUCGCGAAGCAGGAGAAGCGUCGUGGAUUCCUUCUGUUCAACGACCGAACAAGAAGACAGCACUGCGUUUCGGCACCGUUUCCCAACGCGGGAGAAAUCGACCGGCUCGAAAAAGCCCGCGAACACGGAUGCAACGUCGCUAGCACUCCCUCCCUAGAAGGGUUAGCAGAGAUCCUCAAUCAGUGGGGGGUAGAUGGCCCGCAAGCCCUCCGAACAAUCGAACAGUACGAUCGCAUCAUACGGCUGGGCGAUAAGACAUCUACGCUCGACGCGCCGGUCGGAAAAGCUGGAAAGCCUCCUGUUCCCUUGGUGGAAGGUGAAGGACCAUUCUUCGUCAUGGAAGUCCAACCAUCAAUUACGUUCACCUACGGCGGCGUUCUGAUCGACACCAAGGGCCGUGCCCUGACCCCCGAUAAGACUCCCAUUCCGGGUUUACUGAUCGCAGGUGUCGACAGCGGGGGAUUUAGCAACCUGGGAUAUGCUGGCGGUCUCGCGCUGGCAUUCGUCACGGGUCUCUGGGCUGCCAGGACCAUCGCGACCGAGCUGAAGUUACCAGGGCCGCAGCUGCCGGCGGCCGAUUUGCGAGACGAAGUAUCGGACGAAGAGCCGGUCAUCGCCAGUCGGCUAUAG